AUGGACACAACACCCCAUCUUGAUUCUAGGGUUUUAUCCCUCAUAUUCCUCUCUCUCCUCUCCUCUUUUGUCUUUGUUCACUGUCAGAGUGACGACGCUUCAGUAAUGCAGGCUCUCAAGCAGAGCAUCAACCCUCCGAGUUCAGUCGGCUGGACCGACUCAGACCUCUGCAAAUGGCAGAACGUGGGUUGCUCCAGCGACAAUCGAGUCACCCGAAUCCAAAUUGGGCAUCAGAAGCUGAAAGGCUCUUUUCCUCCGAGUCUCGCCAAACUCACUUUCUUGCAGAGACUCGAGUUCAUGUCUAACCAACUCACUGGUCCGGUUCCGAGUUUGUCCGGGUUGAGUUCUCUCCAGUUCUUGUUCCUCAACAACAACAAUUUCUCUUCCAUUCCCUCCGACUUCUUUCUCGAAAUGACAUCUCUUCAAGGUGUUUAUCUUGAUUACAACCCCUAUUCGCCGUGGCGAAUCCCGGAAAGUCUCCAAAACGCCUCAGCUCUCCAGGUUUUCUCUACCAGUGCGGCCAAUAUAAUCGGAAACAUUCCUGAAUUCUUUGGCGGGUUUGUGAAUCUGGGUUCCUUGCAUUUGGAAUUCAACAAUCUCGAGGGUGGAUUACCGGGAAGCUUUUCGGGUUCGUCGAUUCAGUCUCUGCGGUUGAAUGGGCAACGGGGUAUUAGUUCUAAGCUCAAUGGCUCAAUUAGGGUGAUACAAAACAUGACCCAAUUGAACCAAGUGCGGUUACAUUCCAAUUCUUUUUCAAGUCCUUUACCGAAACUUUCAGAGCUAACUGGGUUGCAGAAUUUCAGUGUUAGGGACAAUCGGAUCACGAGUUUAGUACCCGUGUCUCUUGUGAACCUUCCAUCGCUUAAAGUUGUGAAUUUGACAAACAAUCUGUUACAAGGCCCGACCCCAAAAUUUCAUUCUUUGGUUGCAGUUGAUAUGACAAUUGGGACUAAUAGUUUCUACUUAUCUGAUCCUCGUGUUGGUUGCGAUUCCCAGGUUAAUACAUUGUUUACGAUUGCACAAUCUGUUGGUUAUCCAACGGUGUUUGCGGAUAGUUGGAAAGGGAAUGAUCCUUGUGUCCAAUGGAUGGGUCUCACUUGUUCUAAUGGAGACAUUACUAUUGUCAAUUUUCAGAAAAUGGGUCUUAGUGGUAUGAUUUCUCCCAAUUUUUCAUCAAUUACUUCGUUGCAGAGACUAAUACUUGCUACCCAAUAG